CUUGUCUGAGUUUCACUUUUCCGGGGAUUACAGCUGUAGGAGGUGAAAAUGCUAUUCUGAUUGCAAUCCAUUUUCAGGGUGGGCCUCCAGGACCUGGCUGUCCCUUGAGCUUGGGUGAAGUGGCACAAAUCCCCCUUCACCCUAAGCCAGGGGUACCCGGGGCCACCUCCAUGCCAUCUGGCUGUCCCUCAGUUCUCCCUCCGGUCAGCACCCCAGGACCCUGACCUGCCUUUGGACACCUGCACGUGGAUGAAGGGUACACCUGAGACCAACUGAGAAGACCCAGCAGCCCCCAGUCUCACCCUGAAGAAGAAAAGAGACACGGAGAAUGGUGGAUUUUCCAGGAUACAGUCUGUCUGGUGUGGUUGCCUCUUUCUUCUUCGUACUGUUCACCAUGAGGCAGCCAGAUAGCUGGAGAGUGAUUGGUCCUGCACAUCCUAUACUGGCUAGGAUUGGGGAAGAUGCUCUACUCACCUGUCAAAUCCUUCCCAAGAGGGCCAUGAUGCCCACAAAGAUGACAUGGUACCGCUCAGAUCCCAACGCAGUCGUGUUUGCACAGUGGGAUGGAGCUGAUGUGACUGAGAUGCAAAUGGAGGAGUACAGAGAAAGGGUAGAGUGGAUAAAGGAUGAUGUUCCUGAGGGAAGUGUGACUCUGAAGAUAAACAACAUUCGACCAUCUGAUAAUGGGCAAUACUGGUGCUGCUUCCAAGAGAAGAACUAUUAUGAAGAAACAAGCUUGUUGCUUGAAGUAGCAGGUGUGGGAUCUUCCCCUUACAUCCACAUGGAGGGACCUAUAGAAAGUGGAGUCCAGCUUGUGUGCACUGCAAAAGGCUGGUUCCCAGAGCCCCAGGUCUAUUGGGAAGAUGCCACAGGAAAGAAGUUGCUGUCUGUCUCUGAGCAUUCCAUCCAAGAUGAGAACGGCCUGUUCUAUGUGGAAGCCACUCUUGUGGUGAGGAAUGCCUCUUUGGAGACCGUGUCCUGCUUCAUCCACAACCCUAUCCUCAAUGAGGAGAAGAGCUCAGUCAUCUCCAUUCCAGAGAAACUCCAGAAUGAGCUAGCUUCCUUAAAAGUGAUUGGACCUUCCCAGCCCAUCCUUGUCAGAGUGGGAGAAGACAUACAACUAACCUGUUGUCUGUCCCCCAAGACUAAUGCACAAAGCAUGGAGGUGAGGUGGCUCCAAUCACACCAUUAUCCUGCUGUUUAUGUGUAUGCGGAUGGGGAACAUGUGACUGAAGAGCAGAUGACAGAAUAUAGAGGGAGGACAGCCUUGGUGAGUGAUGCCAUCAAUGAGGGGAGACUGACCCUACAGAUACACAACGCCACAACGUCAGAUAAUGGGCAGUACCGGUGCCGUUUUGAAAAAGAUGGUGUCUACCAGGAGGCCAGUUUGGAUCUGAAGAUAGUAGGUCUAGGUUCUUCCCCGCUGAUUACCAUAAUAGGACAGAAGGAUGGAGAAAUAGAGUUGAUGUGCAGUUCAGAAGGGUGGUUCCCAAAGCCCCAUGUGCAGUGGAAGGACAUGGAAGCAAAGAUAAUACCAUCAUUUUCAGAGGUUCUGACUCAAGGAAGUCAUGGGCUUUUCCAUGUGAAGACAUCUCUAUUGGUCACAAACAGCUUUAUUGUGAAUGUAACCUGCUCCAUUAGCAACCCCCUUCUUGGUGAGGAGAAAAUGGCAACUUUUUCUCUCUCAGAGUCCAUGAUGACUUUUUCAUGGAAGACAGUGCUUAUUUGUGGAUUGCUUCUUGCUGCAGCUGUAGGCCUGGUCAUGAGGAAGAGCUAUAAAAAAGGCUCUAUUCAGAAUGGGAUUGCCAGAGUGGUCCAGCAAUAAAUAAUUAAUUGAUGGAGUCAGAUGGUGAAUUCAAGGUCACUACUUUGUCAGGAACUAUGGGCUACUUGGAGAUCCUUCAUUGCUCAUUGAUUUACUCAUAGCAGAAAUGA